GCCGAAAGUUUUGAAAGGUGUUCUCGAAGAAGUGAAGAAAGAACAUAGAGAAAUUAGCUGUGGGCCAUGAGCCGUCUGUCCACCACAUGAAGGUGGGCCCUUGAAAAUCCUGAAUAUUUGUGAAGAACUUAUACAAAGGAGCACAAACAAGUGGAACCAGUGAUUAUAUAGAGCAGGUUUUAGGGACUUUGUACAAGCUGGUGGACCUUUGGGACUUGGAGAAAAUGUUGAGUAUUUGAGACUUUUUACAGUUGAAGCAGAAUGUAGAUGGAGUCUCCAUGGAACUGUGGGUGGAGUUGUGGUAGCUUAGGUGAACAGCUGAGCUGUUAACUGUUAAAAAAACUACAGCAGAGAAGGACCAUUGAGGUUUCCACAGUCAGCGUCUUCAUUGGAGAAGAUAGUUAAAGUUGAGGCAACCAAACUGAGAAGACAUGGCGUACCAAGGGGGCACCCCCUCUCAUAUGAUGGGAUUGAAGCACAGGGAGCCAGUGUUCAAGACACCUAUGACUUUCAGUCCUCGUUUGGUAGGAGAGCAGGCAAGACCAUCCCCAUCCAGAGUUGAUGUGUGGAGGGAACAGCUAGGCUUAGAUGAUGACCCGUAUGGAUGUAAUGGUCAGCCGGACAUGCCCAGCUCUGAUGAAGAAGAACUAGAGCAGUAUCAGCCACAGGAGACCUGUUCUAUGAUAGAGUACCAGGCCCUGAAGAAAGAGUUGGAGGAGAGGAAUUCACAGAGAGAUGAACUGUUGUACAAAAUUAAGAUGUUGAAUGACAAAGGAAAGAAUUACAAGGCUCGUCUUGUCAAAGAGGAGAACAACAAGAAACAGCAAAUCAAGAUCAUGAGGAAAACGCACGAAUCUCACUUAGAGGCCAAACAAAACCUAGUCCAAAACUUACAAGAUGUCAUAGAUGAACAGGAAGCUAAAAUCUUCCAACUGGAAGCAGAAAUUAAAGGGGAUGCAAGUCGCAGAUCAAAACCUCCAUCCGCGGUGAACAAGUUAGUUGAUCAGAUUCAGCAUUUAGAGUCUGAAAAGGCCGAGCUGACAGGACAGUUACUCACAGCUCAGGCAGAGCUCCAAAAUUUCCGCUCAGAGAAAGAGGAACAGGAUAGGACUACCAAAAGUGCAAUAAAUAAAUUGGAGAAAGACAAUAGGUCGUUGCAAGAGGAGGUAGUAGGCCUUAGAAACUCACAGGGCAAUGGCAGCACAGACACAGAGAAACAACUGUUGAAGUUAGAGCAGGACUGUGACAGACUGCAGAGGGAGCUUUCCGAGUCCCGCAGACUGCAGCCCAAACAACCUUAUAAUUAUGCUGCAGAGAACGCUAAAAUAAAGAAAUUAGAAGAAGAAAAUGAGCACUUGAAAAACAGGGUGCUGGAACUGGAGACAGACUGUGCUAUAAAACAGAAGGAGCUCUCGGACUUGAAGCUCAAACACAAGGAAGACAUUCACAGGCUAACCUCAGAGAAUGUUGGUGUGAACAAGCAGCUCCGUCAGAUGAGACAAGAUCUCACCUCCCAACAGAGCAAAGAACCUCAGGUCCACACCAAGGUUGAGAAGGUCGAAGUGGAGUCUGAGGCCAGUAAGAAGGCACUUGCGGAAGCCAUGGCUGAGAAGGACAAGCUACGCAAUCAGAUCACGACAUACCAAAGAAUGUACAAUGACAGCAACAAACAGUUGACUGCAGAGAAAAUCAAAGUCACUGAUCUUGAAAAGAGGUUAAAGGAGUACGAGAAGCAGAUGGAGGUUGUCAAGUCAGAGAUGAUGAGGGAGAUGAAACAGCUGGAGCAGACCAAGUCUCAUGCUGUGGACCAGGCAGCCAAGAGGGCCGAGGAGAAGAUGAUGUCCCUGAACGCCAACUACACACGGGCCAAGCUGGGACUUCAGAUGCUCUGGCCUCAGUUUACCCAACUGGUAAAGGAGCACAAAGCAUUGAAGAAGGACAUGUCUGCCUUUCCUCUCCUCAUUAAGCAAACUGUGGGAAUGACACUGAAAGAGAUUAGCAAAGCUGUCCAUAAUGUCAGUGAGUACAACAAGGAACUAGUCAGGAAGUACAAGAAGGAGAUGCAGUUGAGGAAAAAAUACCACAAUGAGCUUGUGGAACUCAAAGGAAACAUCCGUGUUUUCUGUCGUGUCCGUCCAAACAUUCGUGAAGAUGGCAGUGGUCAGCAGGCUCAGUCAGUGGUCAGUUAUGACCAGGAUGAUGAUGGACUGCUGUUCAUCAAUAACAAAGGUGGACGCCUCCAGACAUUUGAGAUGGACAAGGUCUUCACAGAGGACAGCACUCAGACAGAGGGCAAACAGACACAUGAAGAUAUUUUUAAGAGCUUGUCCACGAGAGAACCAGCCCAGGGUGGCAAGGUGGGGGUCAGCGGAUUUCAACCAAAUUUGUUGUAUGGAGGCAUAUUAGGAAGUUAUUCAUGA